CUACACGUCUCGCUAGCUCCACACACACUCCAGCUUCACUCCACACCUGCACGCCAUGCAGGCCGUCAACUCCACACCGGGCCGCCAACUCCACACCUGCACACCGGGCCGCCAACUCCACACCUGCACGCCAGGCCACCAACUCCACAACUGCACACCGGGCCGCCAACUCCACACCUGCACGCCAGGCCACCAACUCCACAACUGCACACCGGGCCGCCAACUCCACACCUGCACGCCAGGCCACCAACUCCACAACUGCACACCGGGCCGCCAACUCCACACCUGCACGCCAGGCCACCAACUCCACAACUGCACACCGGGCCGCCAACUCCACACCUGCACGCCAGGCCACCAACUCCACAACUGCACACCGGGCCGCCAACUCCACACCUGCACGCCAGGCCACCAACUCCACAACUGCACACCGGGCCGCCGACUCCACACCUGCACGCCAGGCCACCAACUCCACAACUGCACACCGGGCCGCCAACUCCACACCUGCACGCCAGGCCACCAACUCCACAACUGCACACCGGGCCGCCAACUCCACACCUGCACGCCAGGCCACCAACUCCACAACUGCACACCGGGCCGCCAACUCUACACCUGCACGCCAGGCCACCAACUCCACAACUGCACACCGGGCCGCCAACUCCACACCUGCACGCCAGGCCACCAACUCCACAACUGCACACCGGGCCGCCGACUCCACACCUGCACGCCAGACCGUCCUCAUAAAGCAGCAGACCGCCCUCAUAAAGCAGCAGACCGUCCUCAUAAAGCAGCAGACCGCCCUCAUAAAGCAGCAGACCGUCCUCAUAAAGCAGCAGACCGCCCUCAUAAAGCAGCAGACCGCCCUCAUAAAGCAGCAGACCGCCCUCAUAAAGCAGCAGACCACCCUCAUAAAGCAGCAGACCGCCCUCAUAAAGCAGCAGACCCAGACCGUCCUCAUAAAGCAGCAGACCGCCCUCAUAAAGCAGCAGACCGUCCUCAUAAAGCAGCAGACCGCCCUCAUAAAGCAGCAGACCGCCCUCAUAAAGCAGCAGACCGCCCUCAUAAAGCAGCAGACCGCCCUCAUAAAGCAGCAGACCGCCCUCAUAAAGCAGCAGACCGCCCUCAUAAAGCAGCAGACCGUCCUCAUAAAGCAGCAGACCGCCCUCAUAAAGCAGCAGACCACCCUCAUAAAGCAGCAGACCGUCCUCAUAAAGCAGCAGACCGCCCUCAUAAAGCAGCAGACCGCCCUCAUAAAGCAGCAGACCGCCCUCAUAAAGCAGCAGACCGUCCUCAUAAAGCAGCAGACCGCCCUCAUAAAGCAGCAGACCGCCCUCAUAAAGCAGCAGACCGCCCUCAUAAAGCAGCAGACCGUCCUCAUAAAGCAGCAGACCGCCCUCAUAAAGCAGCAGACCACCCUCAUAAAGCAGCAGACCGUCCUCAUAAAGCAGCAGACCGCCCUCAUAAAGCAGCAGACCGCCCUCAUAAAGCAGCAGACCGUCCUCAUAAAGCAGCAGACCGCCCUCAUAAAGCAGCAGACCACCCUCAUAAAGCAGCAGACCGCCCUCAUAAAGCAGCAGACCGCCCUCAUAAAGCAGCAGACCGCCCUCAUAAAGCAGCAGACCACCCUCAUAAAGCAGCAGACCGCCCUCAUAAAGCAGCAGACCGCCCUCAUAAAGCAGCAGACCGCCCUCAUAAAGCAGCAGACCGCCCUCAUAAAGCAGCAGACCACCCUCAUAAAGCAGCAGACCGUCCUCAUAAAGCAGCAGACCGCCCUCAUAAAGCAGCAGACCGUCCUCAUAAAGCAGCAGACCGUCCUCAUAAAGCAGCAGACCGCCCUCAUAAAGCAGCAAGCAGACCGCCCUCAUAAGCACAUGUGUUAUACAAGGUCCUAA